UUCCGAACCAUGGCAGGAUAUUUGUGACCGACCUGACCUUAGUGCGCUCUUUGAGUUCGGUAUGUUUUUUCCAUUCUCAUUAACCUCUGACAAAGCGUGUGUUUUCGAUUUAACCCACUUUCUUUCUCCGUCUCCCUCCCUUGCGCUUGAGAGUCGUAUGCUCGGGAAACAGUAGAAUACAAAACAAAGACCCUUCAACUGAAGAAAUCUUCUCUAAAAUCCCAAAUCACAUAACGGUCUCGAGGAUUCCAAGGCUCUAAGCAACCAAAGAUUAGCUCCAAAACCCUAAGUUGCUGACAUGUUCUUUUCCUCCCUUGACUCUCUCGUCUAAACAAACCCCUUUUAUUAGGUCAGACUUCAACUUCCCUCAAUUUUACGAUUUUAAUUAUUCCAUGCAAGUAUUUUUUCUGUAGGUGAAGGGUCCAUUACUUUUUUCAACAAUUCAAACUAGAAACCAGUGUUUCAAGGACUCUUCUGUUUCCUCCUCUGUUUUUGCUUCCGAAUGAAACAAUUCAGUGUGAUAGAGUUGUAUUGAUAAGUAUCCAAAAUAAUAUCUCGCUCCAUGCUCAAUUUAGAUUGUUGAAAAUGGGUUCUGUUAAUGGGUUUCUUUACAGAAAAUUGCUUCCUUUUGCCUCCUCUUUCUGGCUCUCUGUCUCCACUCUGUUCCUUGCUCUCUUUGGUUUCUUCAAUAGAACCAUGUUCAGAUUUAAGAGUAAUAAUUUGGAGCCAGAAGGUGAGGCUAAGGUACCAGAAGUUGAAGUUUCUGAAUUUAAGGAAAUAAAAGAAAUUGAUGAGCUGGAUGUAAAAAAAGAAAUACCAAGUGAAGCUAAGGAACCAGAAGUUGAAGUUUACGAAUUUAAGGAGACGAAAGAAGUUGAUGAAUUAAAAGAAAAAGAAACACCAAAGUUCUUCUUCAAAUUUCAGUUUCAAACUUAUAGAGAGGAAGAUGAGCCUGUUGUCUUGAGUUCGGUGACUCCUGCAAGCACCAACAAGUAUGAAUUCUUGUCAGGGAAGAAUUUCAGUCAUUACUUGGAGGAGCCAGAGGUUGUUAGUCUUACCGUGAAAGAGUUAUAUGCUGAUUCUGAUGGUGAUUCUAUUGACUAUAAGGAGAAGAUGGAGAGUGGGGUUUUAUCUGAUAAGGACAAAAAAGAAUUAGAAGCAGAAUCUGUUCGUGAGGAAAUAGAAGAGAUUUCUGCACAUAGUGUGCGUGAGCAAGACGCUAAAAAGGAGUUCGAGGUGGAAACAUCGAUAGAAGAGGAGGCAGGGAAGCUUGAGGAAGAAAAUUGCAUUGAAGAGUCUAUUUCAAGGAAGGGGAAAGCAGUUGUUGUGGAGAACAUUGUGUCGAGUGAUGGAGAUGUUUCAAGAGAUGAUGAUGCUCAAUUUCUUUCAGACAUGGACUUGAUUGUUUCUGAUUCUGAUUCUGUUGUUUCAAACCAUGAAUUUAUGAGUCGUUAUGUAGCUUCAACCAGUGAUGGGUUCUUGUCAGAUAAAGACUUUGAAGAUGUAUUUGAACUUGAUAUUUUGAAGGAUAUUCAUGGGCAGACGGUGGAAUCAACUGAUGAAGAUUUGGAAUUAGAGUAUUUAAAUCUGCAGAACUUGAAUUCUGGUUACGAGGCUGAUGAUUUUGAUGACGAAGAUAGUGACAUAAUGGAAGAGCUUAAAAAUAUAGAAGAGGCUGUGCAGAAACCAGCAAUAGUAGAGGACACAGAAAUGGUGUCUGAGAGAGACUUUGAAGACAACAACAUGUCCAAUAAAAAAGAACGUGUCUCCGAAGACAAUGAAGCCAAGGAUAUUUUAGAAAAUCCAAAUUCUAAUUCACAGGAUUCCUCGGCUGCAGAUUCCGAGGAUUCAAAUGGCUUGGAAACCUUAUGGGAGCAUCAAGAUUUGAUAGAACAGCUCAAGAUGGAGUUGAAAAAGGUCAGAGCAACAGGUCUGCCAACCAUCUUAGAAGAAGACGAAUCACCAAAAAUAAUGGAAGAUUUGAAGCCAUGGAAAAUCGAUGAGAAGUUCCAGCAUGAAGAUAGAAUGAGUGAGCUUCACAAGUUCUACAAGAGUUACAGAGAGAGGAUGCGAAAACUCGAUAUCUUGAGUUACCAGAAGGUGUAUGCAAUGAACUUACUUCAGUCAAAGGACCCCCUUCAAUCGAUUGCAAGGCAUGAAGCGUCAGCUCCAGCAUUGACAUCCCUUCUUCCACAGAAAUUCCUGCUAAGCAAGCGCAGAAAGUCCAGUUCUGACCCGAUGAUGAACUUUGUUAGGGAAUAUCAUAAUGAUUUGGAAGUUGUGUAUGUUGGGCAACUCUGCCUUUCAUGGGAAAUCCUUCAUUGGCAGUAUGAAAAGGCACUCGAGCUAUGGGAUUCCGACCCUUAUGGGAUGCGACAGUACAAUGAAGUUGCUGGUGAAUUUCAACAGUUUCAAGUGAUAUUGCAAAGAUUUAUAGAGAAUGAACCUUUUGAAGGUCCACGGGUGAAAAAUUACAUUAAGAAUCGAUACGUGUUGCGUAAUCUCCUUCAAGUUCCGGUAAUAAAAGAGGACAGUAUGAAGGAUAAAAAGGCAAGACGAAAAGGAAGGGAUGAUGAUUCAAUUACAAGUGAUAUGCUAGUAGAGAUAAUGGAAGAAUCAAUAAGGAUUUUUUGGCGAUUUGUUCGAUCUGAUAAAGAUGCACAAAACGUGAUUUCAAAGGGUCGCAAAGGAACUCAAAUAGAGCCCCAAGAUCCCACUGAACUAGAGUUAUUGACAGAGGUUCGAACGAGUUUCCAAAAGAAGGAGAGGAGGCUUAAAGACGUUUUGAGAAGUGGAAACUGCAUACUGAAGAAGUUCCAAAAACAUCGAGAGGACAAUUCUAAUCAAGUUCUUUACUUCUUCUCUCAAGUGGAUAUGAAGUUAGUAGCAAGGGUUCUGAGCAUGUCCAGAGUAACAACAGACCAGCUACUAUGGUGUCACAAUAAAUUAAGCAAGAUAAAUUUUGUUAGCAGGAAGAUACACGUAGAGCCAUCAUUUUUGCUUUUUCCAUGUUGAUGAUAGCUUGCAGCAAUCUCUACCACUGUAUAGAAGAUAUCUUAGUGAAAAGGAAACCAAUCUUGCAA